GAAAUCCGAAAAAAAUCUACUCAGCUUUUUUAACAUAAUAAUAAUAAUAAUAAUAAUGUUUUCUAAGCAGCGAAUCAGAAUAUUAGAAUGAUUUCUGAAGGAUCAUGUGACUGAAGUAAUGAUGCUAAAAAUUCAGCUUUGAAAUCACUGGAUUAAAUUUUACAAUAUAUUCAAAUAGAAUAUUUUAAAUAGUAAAAAUAAUUUAAAGUUUUACUGCUUUUGCUUUACUUUGGAUCAAAUAACUGCAUGCUUGGUAAGCAGAAGAGAAAAAAACCCAUAAAAAUCUUACUGUUCAAAAACUUUUGACUGGUAGUGUAUGUAAUAUGUAUACUGGAAAAAGAAAAAAGUAUAUGAAGCGCCAUUCAACGCAGCUCGUAUUGCUUACAGUCUCUAGCAGUGUAGAUGUGCUGUCGAAGCACUGUAGAGACUUGCCCCGCCCCAUCUGCAGUCUCAUUGGUUCUUGCCAAGCCUAUAAAUCCACUUACUGUAGUGGUCGACGAAGCAAAGCGGAAUAAGCAAAUCCGAGGAGGAUGCGCACAUCACGCCAUCAUCACCCACAUGCUGCUGAAGCCGGUAGUGAUCCGAAACGCCCCAAUUCAGGCGGUUAACUUGUAAUUACAGGGUCUUACUUGCGUUAUUAUCAGGUGGAUCAUCUGAAAACGUCAUCAUUAUAUCUUUAUCUCAUACGGUUGGCGCUUCAGGAAGAGAAUUACGCACAUCUAGUUCAAUUUGAUAUAAAGUAGAAUCGUUUAAUGCCUAAGUGAAGGCGUUAAUUUUGCAGAAAUGGUGGCAGGUGAGUAUCUUCAGGAGCAGCUUGUUCUGCCCGACAGCACGCCUGACGGCGGUGGCACUGAAGGAAACGCAGACGAGGAGCCCGGCUACAAGGAGCUUUCCAAUGGAUCGGUCCAUAUAACGCUGGAUCCAAAGGUGCUGGAACAGGAGCUUCCGCCACCGGAUGAAAAAGAGGCGAUGCUGCCCGGCGAGCAGAAUAACGAAGAGCUUGAGACGAGACUCUACUGGAGGCGGUUUGCUGUUCUCGCGGUGUUCAGCCUCUAUUCGCUCGUCAACGCCUUUCAGUGGAUCCAGUACAGCAUCAUUACGAACAUCUUCAUGGAAUACUAUAAUGUGUCAAGCAUCGCGAUUGACUGGCUCUCCGUGGUCUAUAUGGUCGCAUAUGUUCCUUUAAUCUUCCCCGCGACGUGGCUGUUGGAUAAGAAGGGGCUGAGGAUGACGGCGUUGUUAGGAGCCGGGCUGAAUGCCCUGGGCGCGUGGGUUAAGUGCGCCAGCGUGGGGCCCAGCCUGUUCUGGGUCACCAUGACCGCACAGAUCGUAUGUUCUGUAGCACAGGUCUUCAUCCUCGGCCUCCCCUCCAGAAUCGCGUCGGUUUGGUUUGGCCCAAAAGAAGUUUCCACAGCAUGUGCCACAGCGGUGUUGGGCAACCAGCUUGGUGUAGCCAUAGGUUUCCUGCUCCCACCUGUACUUGUUCCCAACACAGUUGACAACAAAGAUCUCAUGGGCCACAACAUCAGCAUAAUGUUCUAUGGAACAGCUGCAGUUUCAACUUUGCUCUUCUUUCUAACAAUAUUAGUCAUUAAGGACAGACCUCCACUCCCACCCAGCAAAGCACAAGCUGUUCUCUCCACUGGUCCAGCUGAAGACUACUCAUACAAGAAAUCAAUCACCAACCUUUUCAAGAGCAUUCCCUUUGUCCUGCUCCUUAUCAGCUAUGGCAUCAUGACUGGAUCAUUCUACUCUGUAUCUACACUUCUCAAUCAAAUGAUAAUUACGCACUAUCCGGGUGAAGAGGUAAACACAGGGAGAAUCGGCUUGACUUUAGUGGUGGCUGGAAUGUUUGGCUCCAUACUGUGUGGAAUCUGGUUGGAUCGGACUAAAACCUAUAAAUUGACUACACUGAUCGUCUACAUCCUGUCCUUCAUUGGAAUGGUUGUGUUCACAUUCACGCUGAACUUGGGAACUCUGCUUGUUGUCUUUUUUACUGCUGCUGUCCUAGGAUUUUUUAUGACCGGUUACCUUCCCAUUGGCUUUGAGUUUGGUGUCGAAAUCACAUACCCUGAGUCAGAGGGCACGUCAUCUGGUCUUCUGAAUGCAUUUGCACAGGUGUUCGGCAUCAUUUUUACUCUCAUCCAAGGGCAGCUUACCACAGACUAUGGCCCGCUCAGUGGAAACAUAUUCUUGUGUGCUUGGAUCCUCAUUGGCAUUGCUCUAACAGCUCUGAUUAAAUCAGACCUCAAAAGACACGGCGUCAAUGUGAGCAGUGCAAACAAAGGACAAGCAGUUCCCACUGAGCUGCCUCCUGAAAAAGCGUCCAGUGACGUCAAGCUGGAGCCUUCUAGCUUAUCUCGUGAGACUUCAAUUUAAGUCUUAAAUGUCUCUAAUAGCACACAUCAGACAUCACAGACUUUCCUGAGAUGACUUGAAAUCUCCUUAUUUUGCUGUAAUGUUGUGAUGUUAUAAAGACUUUUCAGUGAAAAUUGACCGUGGCGUUUAUUCACAAAUAUGCUGUGAAUUCAUUUCUCCAAAUCUAGGCUGAAAUGUGUACAUACAAUUUGUCUCUGAAUUGUACAUGCAUGAUACUUUUAUUUGUUUCAAGAAUCAUGGACCAAAUAUUAUGUAUUUAACAGGGCUUGUAAUGCCCAUAUGCACAAUCCUGUUAGUGUGAUUGGAACAGCAUGUUUGUUUGCGUCGUCUCAAAGGACGUGACUGUGUGCUACUGCAACUGUGAAGCAAUGUUGUACAUUUCACACAUCUGCUGUUGCAUUUCAGAACAUCUACAUGUAUUAAUUCCAGGAAGGCCGUAAGUUCCCAUUUUAUUUAUUCAGGAUGAUGAAGAUUGCCCAUGCGUUAAAUGAAGCGUGUUCUGUAAACCGAAAAGGCUUACUAUGAAAAAUGUAACAGAAGUGAGUGCUUUGAAAAUUCACUUACCAUGAAUUGAGACCGAUGCCAUUUUAAGUGCUUAUGCAGUCAUUGUAAGAUCAAAUCAAAUGUUGUGUAGUGCUUUUUUUUUUACCUGAAAAACAAAUUUAUACUUGUUUAGUCCUUUCCAGAGAGCACAACUCAAUUUGUCAGCAUGUUUACCACAUUGAGAGUGUGUUUCCUUCAAAAAAGAACGUGGUUCUUUUACAAGAGUGUGUCAUUGACAGGCCUAGUGAGGUUUUAUGAAAAUGUCAUACCUCAGAUAGAAAGCAGAAAGAAGCACUAUUAUUUUGUAAGCCUAGGUUUGCCUUUAUUGGCUGAUUUUUGUAUUUUAGAUGCAUAUUUAUUGGAAAGAUUGCCUUUUCAGCAUUGGUUUUGUAUUUAUUGAUUUUUGAUUUCAAUUUCUACUGUUUCUACUUAGUGUACUUGUCAGUUAAUGAAGGCAGCUGUGCAAACUUGGGAGUCACAAAUGAUGCUAGGAAAUUCGCUGUAAAGUAAAACUGUACAAGAACUCAAUUGCGUUACACUCUGAACAUUGGAAGUGUAUCAUGUUUCCAUCACCGCUGUUGUAAAAUAAUAAAAAGAAAAUU